AGGGAAAUAGAGCAAAGUCUCAAUUUGCUAAAGCAAGGAUUAUGAUGAAAAAGAGUAAAGAUCUUGAAGAUAGCAAAACUUCUUGGAAAAUGCAAGUCUUAAAGCCAUUCAAGGUUCAUAUUCAUAGAGCAGGUUCUAACUGCUUAAUUUGCUCUAAAGAAAAAUAAGAAAAAAUUAAUUUCUAGGCCUCAUAGCCAGAACAAAAGGUACAAUAACUCUAUUGUAAAUCAAAACUGGUCUAAAAACCACCAGAAAUAGCACCGAAAAGAAGGCCCAGACAAAAUUAUGCAGUCACCCAGAUGUGAGUAUUACCUCAAUCGAAGAGUCUUCAACAAGCUGACUCGAUUUUCCUCCAGUAGUGACCUACAAAACUCUUAAUAAAAGAGAUUCAUCAGCCCAUAGUUCUCAGCUAAAAUAAUUUCAUGAAAAAGGUUUCUCUGAUGAAUAAAAUUUACAAAGAUCCGAAAGAGGAAAAUCAAUCAGAAGAUACAUAUGGUAAAGAGGCAAAAGACCUUGAAAUAGAGACAUCUCUUGGUUUAGACUUUACUCAUGAGACUAAUAUUAUUGAUAAAUCAGCUUUAAAACCUCCUGUUUAUCCGUCAAGAACGAAGACACCCAAGAUUCAGCUCAAUGAUAGGGGUCAUACCAAGAAUGCACAAUCAGCUCAGCAGCAGAAAGGGUUGUAUAGAAAGAUUAGAGAUGAUUUAAAGAAUACAAGGCCUCAGACUCGAAUAUUCAGAACAUCAGUGAAGAAAAUCAACUUUACUUUCAGCUUACUCCCUCCAGGGAUGAAGAAAUCUCACAAGAAGAAACUUACAGAGGCUAGCAUCACCUCAAAGGCAGUAAGAAAAUUUGAGAAACAGAAAUUAUCAGUUCCAAACACUAAAUCUAUUUCUGUGUUUAAAACUAUCAUUGGGUCUCCUUUCACACUCAAAUGAGAGAAAUGUAGUCGGCCAUUGAAGAAGAACCAGUACAGAAGAUGAUGUAUUAAAACGCAAGUAAAGCAUUGGAAGAGGAUGAAUAAAUAGUCACUAAUUCAACACA